UAGAUGGGCGAAUAACAUAAAAGAAAAAAUUCAUUAUCGAAACGUAUAUAUCCAGGUGUAUCAUAUAAAUACUUUGUACGAUUGUACUCUCUCCUAAUCUAUCCUUGUUAUUCUUCAUUGAUUACUGAACAUAUUAUUAAUUGAAUACACAUUCCUGAAUGCACUGUUAUCAUUGUCUAUAUGAAAACGAGUCUUAUUUGUAUAGGAACUAAAUCGUUACUGCCAUCGUUACUGAAUUUGUUACUGUCAUAACAAUUACAAUGCCUGCAACAGCUUUGCAUAAGUUUAUAACAUUCAUAGGAUUACUUUCAAUACUACAUGCGGCCUAUUCUGCUGCGCAACAUCGUUCAUACUUGCGAAUAACGGAACAAGAAUUUACCACUCUACCGAUCGAUAUUUUAAUACAGGGCAUUGUCAGCUUAUUUAUGGUUAUGUACGGAGUAAUGUAUAUAGCUGGCGAUUUCAAAGAAAUUCGAGCUGUGGUUGAUUUGGAAAAUAAGUCUUGGGAAACUCUGCGAAAUUUGCCAUCAUUUCAAACGUUCAAUCAUCGCGGAAGACAUUUCUUUCUUCGACAAUAAGGUUAUGCUAAAUUAAUGUUAAAAAAGAUGUAAUAUCAAUGCAAUUUUUCGAGGAUUAAUAAAUUUGAUACACUUCGCAAUAUAUUCCACAUAAAUCACAAAAUCAUGUAUACAGGUAAAAACAACAACUUCACCAAUAUAAUUUGAAUUUUAAAUCAUGUAUUUAAAAAUAUAUGUAAAUGUACAUAUACUUUCUAUGGACAUGGCAGUAAAGUAUAAAUAAAAGAAAUCUGAAAAUUUUA